GCUCUUACUGCGAGUUGCCCAUUGCGGCGAAAGUGAGGCUGAGCGUUUUACCGGCAUUUUGCCUGAUUCUGGUGAAGCCAAGUGAGCUGAAAGGCAGGUGGAGGGACUGCUGCUUAUUGUUUCGUUUUCACCAUUAGGAAUUCAGUAACCAAGGGCAAGUUUACUUCUCGAGAGGCACACGGCAAUGGCGGACAACGACAAACAGCGGCUGAAGAAUUUCAAGAACAAAGGGCGGGAUCUGGAGUCUAUGAGAAGACAGCGCAAUGAGGUGGUUGUAGAACUAAGAAAGAACAAAAGGGAUGAACAUUUAUUAAAACGAAGAAACGUACCUCAAGAGGAUACUUGUGAAGACUCUGACCUUGAUGGAGACAUCAGAGUGCAAAAUACAUCAUUAGAAGCCAUAGUGCAGAAUGCUUCCAGUGACAACCAGGGUCUUCAGCUUAGUGCAGUGCAGGCUGCUAGGAAGCUGUUGUCAAGUGAUCGCAAUCCACCUAUAGAUGAUUUAAUAAACUCUGGCAUUUUACCAAUUCUCGUGCAUUGUCUAGAACGAGAUGACAAUCCUUCAUUACAAUUUGAAGCAGCAUGGGCUUUAACAAAUAUCGCCUCUGGCACUUCAGAACAAACACAGGCUGUGGUUAAAUCAAAUGCUGUUCCUCUUUUUUUAAGACUGCUGCACUCUCCACAUCAGAAUGUGUGUGAACAAGCGGUUUGGGCUUUAGGCAACAUCAUAGGGGAUGGCCCUCAGUGCAGAGAUUAUGUAAUUAGUCUGGGAGUUGUGAAGCCCCUACUUGCUUUCAUUAGUCCAUCUAUACCUAUUACCUUUCUUCGAAAUGUCACGUGGGUGAUGGUUAAUCUUUGCCGCCAUAAAGACCCUCCCCCGCCAAUGGAAACAAUUCAGGAGAUUCUUCCAGCCUUAUGCGUGCUCAUCCACCACACAGAUGUUAAUAUUUUAGUAGACACUGUUUGGGCCCUGUCCUACCUAACAGAUGCUGGAAAUGAGCAGAUUCAGAUGGUUAUAGAUUCAGGGAUAGUUCCUCAUUUGGUGCCCCUACUCAGCCAUCAGGAAGUUAAAGUUCAGACUGCAGCUUUGCGAGCGGUGGGAAAUAUUGUAACUGGUACUGAUGAGCAAACACAAGUAGUCCUGAACUGCGAAGCUCUUUCUCAUUUCCCAGGAUUACUGACACAUCCUAAAGAGAAGAUCAAUAAGGAGGCUGUGUGGUUUCUAUCCAAUAUCACAGCUGGAAACCAACAGCAGGUGCAAGCAGUGAUUGAUGCAAACCUUGUUCCUAUGAUUAUACACCUCUUAGAUAAGGGUGAUUUUGGUACUCAGAAAGAAGCUGCUUGGGCAAUAAGUAAUCUAACCAUUAGUGGCAGGAAAGAGCAGGUUGCAUACCUGAUCCAACAAAAAGUAGUCCCUCCAUUCUGUAAUCUGCUUACUGUGAAAGACUCGCAGGUAGUGCAAGUGGUAUUGGACGGAUUAAGUAAUAUCCUCAAGAUGGCAGAUGAUGAAGCAGAAACAAUAGCUAGUCUGAUUGAAGAAUGUGGUGGAUUGGAAAAGAUUGAACAGCUGCAACACCAUGAAAACGAGGACAUCUAUAAAUUGGCAUAUGAGAUCAUUGACCAGUAUUUCUCAACGGAUGAUAUUGACGAAGAUCCUGCCUUGGUUCCAGAAGCAAUUCAGGGUGGGACAUUUGGGUUCAACUCAUCCACCAAUGUUCCAGCAGAAGGCUUCCAAUUCUAGAAAGGCAUAAUUCCUGGAGCAAGUGAAAUAAUGCAGCACUAAAGGAAGGUUUGAUCGAUCAUGCUUGGCUCAUGUGGGAUCCACUGCUGCAUUAAAUCGGAGAGCUGUUUUGCAGAUUGCGUUUGGUGUCCGAGAAAAGCCCAAAUGAAGUCAAGCUGGCGAGUGGGUGCGAGUGCGCGUGAGAAUGGUAAAAUGUUAUAAAAUUUCACAGUGAAUGCAAUUUCGGUUGUUUUAAAGAAAGGGGCUAAAAGUCAAAGAAAGGUCAAUGUCCACGAAGUAACUAAACCAAGAUCAAAUUCAGUUAUCUAGAAUAAUUAGAAGAAUGAAGCAGUUAAGAUAACUACAAGCUUCAUAAACCAAGAAAGGGACAUCGACAAGCCAGAAGACCGAGUCAAGGCCUUGCUAUGAAGCACUGUGUGAAUGGACCCACUGUAUGAAUGUCUGGACUCAGUGCUGUUGGAGCCAGGUUCAUUACUUGAAAUCUUGGGCUCUGUAUUCACUCAUGAAAAUAAACUCCUAGCCAUGGAGUUGUGUGUGGAAGAGAGUAGUGUAUGGGCGUGAUGUUGUAUGUGAACGCAUGCAAACUUGAUUGCCUUCAAGUGGCUAUUGAAUAAAUCCAGAAAAACACCAAAA